UUUAGUUUUGUAUAUUAAUAUAAAGGAUAAGGAAAUAAUAUUAUAAUGGCUGAAUUUCAAACACCAGUUAAAGCUAAAUCGAGUAAAAUGACCGAGGGAAAUGACAAAAUAUGUAUUCCUCCUUCACCGUUUUUAAAUCGUCUGGGAUACGGAACAGGUGUUUCCGUUAUGCAGCUAGUUAGAUCCCCUAAAGCAGGGCAAAUACGCUCACCUUGGGCUCUUAAAAUGCUUAAUAAACGAGUAAAACCAAACAAAGUAUACACGGAAAGGUUGCAAGCAGAAGCGGAGUUGUUACAACGCAUGUCUCAUCCCAAUAUCGUUGGCUUCCGAGCUUUUGGUACAACCAAGAUCUUGUAUUUAGGAAUGGAAGCAUGUGACCUCUCACUCGGGGAUAUGAUUGAGAAGAAAGUUGAAAAUGACUGUGAGCCAUUCGCUCCAAAAUGUAUUUUAAAGGUAGCGGCUGAUAUUGGCAAUGCACUAGACUACCUGCACACAAAGAUGCAGAUACUGCAUGGAGAUAUGAAGUCCUACAAUAUAUUAGUAAAUGGAGAUUUUGUAAUUUGUAAGCUUUGUGACUUUGGUGUGACUCUACCACUCGAUGAGAAUGGUGUACUGGACAAACAGAAAAAGAAAUACCCAAUAUACUUUGGCACAGAAGCAUGGAGUGCCCCUGAGGUGAUCCACGGAGGCACAAUCAGCAGCGCCACCGAUAUGUGGCCGUUGGGGCUGGUGUUCUGGGAAAUGCUGGCGCUCAUGCCCCCGCACUCUCAAAUGGACGACACAUUUGAUGAAAGCAUGGACAGCUUGCAAGAUGAUUCCAUGCUGGAUCAUUUCACUGAGAGAUAUGGUACUCGGCCGGUGGUGCCGGGUGGGAUCUGCCCGGUGCAGUACGAGCGGCCGCUGGUGCUGUUCUGCAGAUGCACACAGGAGGAGCCGGCUGCACGACCCUCAGCACGCCGCUUGGCUGAUGCAGCUCAACUCGCAUUGCAGACUGAUGUGUAGUGACGGAUACAAUAUUUGAGAUGUUUAAAUUUAUAUGACUUGAGGAUUACUGAAUUAUCUUGUGAGUUGUAACAACUAGUGUUUUUC